ACAGGUGGCAAUAUACACUCUUUCGGUAUUGCAGUACACCACAGCUGCACUGAGGACACACCAACUUAGAGUGAUGGCUUCUUCCAGCAGUUCCCAGGCUGCAGAACAGUGCCUGUGUUCAAUAUGUCAGGAUUUCUUCACCGACCCAGCAACCAUUCCGUGUGGACACAACUUCUGCAUGGAUUGUAUCAGUAAACACUGGAACAGCAGUAUGGAGACUCGAUGCCCCCUUUGCAAAAAGUUAUUUCACUUGAGACCAGAUCUUGACAUCAACAGAGAGUUCAGAGAUCUCAUUGAACAAAUGAAAAGGGUAGAAAGCCCCGUCCGACCUGGAGGAAUACCAUGUGAUGCCUGCACAAAAAUAAAGAGAGGUGCUUUAAAGUCUUGCCUGCAUUGUGAAGGAUCUUUCUGUAAAACACACCUAGAGCCUCAUAACACCGUAGCAAAACUGAAGAAACACAAACUUAUCAACCCAGUGGAGAAUCUGGAGGAUUAUAUUUGCCCAAAGCAUGAGAGUCCCCUGGAGCUGUUCUGCAGAGAUGAUCAGAUGUGUGUGUGCAUGUCAUGUACAAUAAAAGACCACAAAACCCACAACACUGUUACUGUGGAGGAAGAGAGUGAAGAACGGAAGGCUCAGUUUGGGAGAAGGCAGGCUGAGGUUCAUUUGAUGAUUCAGAACAGAAUGAAGAAAAUUGAAGAUAUCAAAUGUUUGGUACAGCUCAGCAAGGUAAUUCUUGUUGCAGAUUCAUUAAAAGUGUUAAUGUGGUCGAAACACAACAGUGAUUUAUCUAUUUAA